ACUGGGGACCCCUUUUUAUCGCCCGCUUUAUUACCCUCCUUUUCAGUACUAUCUUUCUGAUUUCUAGGGUUUUUGGUUUUCAUUUCUUUUUUUUUUUUUUUUUUUAACCCAAAACCACCAAAUCCAUUUCUUCUUCUUCGUCAUCUGUGUGAUUGAAUUCCUGGUUGCAGAUAAUUUUUAGUUUCCGCAGCAUCUCAAUGACGACUUCUGUGAAGAACAACUUUUUACCCCCAUCCAUAAUAUCUAAUCUACAAGACGUUCUAACUAGCAGAAAAGGUGGCGGCGACGAACAGUCCAAGAAGACCGACGAAUCUACAGAACCUUCUUCCUCUUCUUCCCCUCCCUCCUCUUCCGAUCAGGAUUGCUCCAAACCUGUUGUGUUAGUCACUAAUGCGGAUGGAAUCGAUGCCCCGGGCCUUACCUUCCUGGUUGAGGCUCUGGUCCGACAAGGUCAAUACAAUGUUCAUGUCUGCGCCCCCCAAUCUGAUAAAUCUGUCUCCGGUCACUCGGUCACAUUUUGCGAGACGCUUGCCGUGACUUCUGCUGAAAUUAACGGGGCUACAGCUUACGAAGUUUCCGGUACUCCUGCGGAUUGUGUCUCCUUGGCUCUUUCAGGGGCGUUGUUUUCGUGGUCAAAACCUGCGCUGGUCAUAAGCGGAAUUAACAGGGGGUCAAGCUGUGGGCAUCAAAUGUUCUAUUCAGGAUCCGUUGCUGGUGCUAGAGAGGCUUUGAUCUGUGGUGUACCAUCCCUCUCUAUAUCAUUAAACUGGAAGAAGGAUGAGAGCCGUGAAAGUGAUUUCAAAGAUGCGGUUGAGGUCUGUUUACCUUUGCUACAUGCAGCCAUAAGAGAUGUUGAAAAGGGAGCUUUCCCCAAAAGUUGCUCACUGAAUAUUGAAAUUCCCACUUCUCCUUCGACAAAUAAGGGUUUCAAAGUAACACGACAGAGUUUCUGGAGGUCUGUUCCAACCUGGCAAGCUGUCUCAGCAAACAGAGCUGGGCACUUCAUGUCCAACCAACAAAGCCUUGGCAUGCAGCUCGCACAGCUCAGUCGAGAUGCAUCUGCAGCUGGAGCAGCACGCCGCGUUAACACACAAAAGAAGAAUGUGGAAAUAGAAUCAGUAGGGGUUGCUGGAAAACCUGAUUCAGGACGAGCAGUGAAGAAAUUUUUCCGUCUAGAGUUCUUGGACAAGGAGCUAGAAGAUAUGGAUGAAGAUCUGGAUUGUAGAGCGCUUAAAAAUGGAUUUGUGGCAAUUACUCCCUUGUGUUUAUCAUCACAUGUUGAGCCUGAAACUCAAGCAUCCGCCUCUGACUGGAUUGCUACUGCUACUGUGAGUGAACAGUGAGCUUCCUCAGAUUGACGUGGUCCGUAAUUUGUGUACAUUUGAAGAUGGACGGCCCUGUUGAUCAAUUACCAAUUCAACUUGCAAAUGGUUAUGGUUUGUGUUUUUUUUUUUUUUCUUUUUCAUUUUUUUUUUGUAUUUUAUGAAGCCGAAGCUUCCUCUUAAAUUUUAACUUAAAAAGGUUGGCAUGCUGUGGUCACCAUGCCCGGUCUAUUCAGUUUCAAUUGAAACAAGCGUGUAACUUUUUUCUUAUUUAUUAUAUAUCUUAUUUAUUUUUAUCUGGAUGGGUUGAGUUGGUUUGCUUUUCUAGUUUUUUUUUUUGGAUAUGGCGGGGUCUGUGUUAACGAAUUGAAAUCAAGUGUUGCCUUUAUGGCAUGCUUUGUGUA